GGAAAACUGGGUAAAGAAGGCUGGACUGAGCAAACGUCACUAGCAAUUCUGAGUGAAAGGGACUUGGUUGCACAUUACUGUGGACGAAGUCAUUCUGCAGGCCCCCGGGGAAGAUCACAGCUUGCUUAUUUAUGGUGAGUGAGUUCUUAAUGUUACCAAAUGUCUCAAAAUAUAAAAAGCUCUCAAUUUUCGAAUUGCUCUGCUACUAUUUGAAUCUAGCUCCUGAUAUUUGAUCAGAACAUUUAUGCAUAUUUCGACCAUGGCAAACAGGUGCUAUUUUAAGGUAUUACAUAAAAUGAAAUCACCAUAGAAACCAAUAGAAUAACUCUAUAUUUGCACUUAGAAUUGCCCAAGCUUUGCCUUACACUCAGGUGGAGAUGGCUGCAGUUUUGGGGUGAAAUGCUAAAUGAGGAGAAAUCACAAGGGAAGGCAGCUAAUUGUAUUGCAACAUUUAGCACUUUGCCCCAGGACAGAUGUUAGAAUGUAUAAAUAUUUCUUAAAGGGACACUAUAGUGUUAGAAACACAAAUGCGUAAUAUGCGCUAGUGUCUUAGUCACCUUUUAGAUGCGUGCUGUAAGGAAUAAAAAGGCAUUUAAAACCUGCUAUGUAAACAUUGCUAUUCCUGCAGAACUACAAUGCUUUACACUGCAGGGUUAAAAUGGUGACAUGGGGAGGGGGAGAGGGCAUGGAAUCCAGACCUUUUCAUUGAGAUGAAGUGGUCUGGGUGCUUAUAGUGUCCCUUUAACCCCUUAAGGACACAUGACAUGUGUGACAUGUCAUGAUUCCAUUUUAUUCCAGAAGUUUGGUCCUUAAGGGGUUAAAGGAACAACCUAUACAAAAUAAACUCCUUAUUCAAAUGAAAGAGUUACUCCAAGCACCAUAAUCAGUUCUGAGUUACAUCACUAAUAAAAAGUUAAAGGGACAAUACAGAGCUGUAAAGCAAUUUAGCUUGCUGAAAAGCUUUAUGUGUGAAGAGUUUGUCCUAUGUUUUCAUUUAGCAAAAGAAACCUGGUUACAUCCCCUGGCUUUCAAUCAGACAUCAGGUAAUUUUACUUCCUGGUUUGUUUAGCUCAUUGGAACUAACCUCAAGAGGCAGCAAUUACCCAGAACACCUGCCUUGCAAAGACUUCUCAUUGAGCUGCACAGAAAGUCAGCGCAAGGGGAAAAGGGGAGGGCUUGCAAAGGCAGCCGACAAGAGAACUGCAGGUUUUGCAAGCUGUUUUUAGAUUUAUCCCCAAUGAAAAAAUGCAUAAUUAAAUCCUGGCAUGUUUUUAUUUGGGUUAUAUCUACUAAACAGUGAUUUUAUUUACUUUGUAUUUGGGCCGUGGAGUAUCCCUAUACGUCUCAACAUCACAUUCCCUAUUAAUUUAACUCAUGAAUAGGUAGUAUUAUUGCAAAUAUCAGGACUGUCUGCAUAUUUUUAAAUAAUAGUGCCAUGUAGGCAUAUUCCGGUUAAUUAAUAAAACCAGAACAGAGGGGGCAGACGUGAAUCCAAGGGGUCAAGUCUAGUUAACCACCAACUUAAAAUGUCACCAGCUACCACUGGUAGCUUGAUGGUUUUCUUAGGAGAGGUCUAACAUUGCCAACAUUUGCCAGCAAAAAGACAAACAACAAAAUAGAAUAAAAUAAUGUAUAUUAAAGGGACACUAUCGUCACCAGAACAGCUACAGUUUAUUGUAGAUGUACUGGCCAGUCCCUGCAGGCUUUUUAAUGUAAAAGGCAGUGUUUGCAUUACAACCCAGGAACACCUCUAGCGGCCACUCCCCAUGGAGCCGCUGACCUUUCCCCAUAGAGAUGCAUUGAUUCAAUGCAUCUCUAUGAGGAGAUGCUGAUUGGUCUGGUCUCUUGCUCCGCCCCCAUCCUGCCUCCUUGGUUGAAAUCAUCAGAAUUGAUGAUCUCAGCCAAUCCAAUGUUUUCCUGUGGGAAAGCAUUGUGAUUUACUGAGCUCAUCAAUUCUGAUGAUGUCAGCCAAGGAGGCGGAUCAGGUGCUUCCUGGAUCAGUCUCUGCAGUCCGCUGACCUUUCCCCAUAGAGAUGCAUUGAUUUAUUGCAUCUCUAUGAGGAGAUGCUGAUUGGCUCUGCCCCCACCCUGCCUCCUUGGCUGAAAUCAUCAGAAUUGAUGAUUUCAGCCAAUCCAAUGCUUUCCUAUGAGAAAGCACUGUGAUUGACUGACCUCAUCAAUUCUGAUAAUGUCAACCAAGGAAGCGGAUCAGGGCGGGCCAUACGCGAGGAGCCCAGCGCUGCACUGGAGAAAGGUGAGUAAAUCACCUUUUUAACCCAAGGUAAUGGGGGGCCGACCACCUAAAUGGUGGUUUUAGAACUAUAGUGUCAGGCAUAUAUAUUUGUGUUCCUGACACUAUAGUGCCUCUAUAAUAAAAUUGUGUUUAGCUUUUCACGCUUUUUUUUUUUUGUAAACUUGACUUUCAUAUUACCUCUCACUAGAUAAUCCAAAUAGCUUUGGUGAUAAACUGAACACUUACUCUCUUUCAUUUCCAGGAAGUCGAUUCCAAUCUGAUUGUACCCUAGUGCUUGAAUCCCUCCAUUGGACAUUUAUCACGUGACUGAUAUCAAACGUUAAACCUUGAGCCACACAUAUUUCUUUAAAAUGUCUACCUCUCUUCUUUCCUAUGCCUCAAACAUUACUGCAGCCAUACAGUCUGCUGUGCAGGCCUUCCCACGCCAACGCUUACCGUUGCUCUGUGCAGCGGGCGUGGGGCUCACAGCUAUUGCCUCUUGGAUGUGGUGGAGGCGGAGGCGAGGUGAGGAGCUAGAAUUGAAGCAGGUGGGAAUUGUGUCCCAACUACUGAUUUACCCCAUCAAGUCAUGUCGACCAGUGUCAGUGCAGGAAGCAGACUGCAUGGAGCUUGGUCUCUAUAAAGGAGAUCUUAGGGACAGGCAUUGGUUGGUCGUGACCGAAGAUGGGCAUAUGGUGACCGGCAGACAGGAACCUCGUAUGGUCCUCAUCUCUGUGAGCGUUCGUGGUGACUCUUUGUGCCUUAAAGGUGAAGGGAUGGAUGAGCUCCUAGUUCCCAUGUCACUUCCCAAAAGCAACAAAGUGCGGGACUGCAGAGUGUUUGGAAGUGAUGUUCAAGGCCGAGAUUGUGGGGAAGAAGCUUCUCACUGGUUCACAUCCUAUUUUCAAAGCAGUCAGCCUUACUACUUGGUGCAUUUUGAAGCAGACAUAAUGCGUCCACGCAAAUCCAAAGAAAAGGAGAAGCUGUUCCGAGAGACAGAUGUCAUUGCUUAUCCUGAUGCCAGCCCCAUUAUGCUUCUCUCUGAGACAUCCCUGGAAGAUCUCAAUAGCCGUCUUGCAGAACCAGUCUCUUUGGGGAAUUUCAGGCCUUGUAUAGUGGUAUCUGGCUGUGAGGCCUUUGCAGAGGAUGCUUGGAAUGAUGUCAAGGUGGGCAAAUGUCAACUAAAGAGGAUCAUGGCAUGUGGACGCUGCAUCUUAACUACUGUGAACCCUGAAACUGGAGUCUUGACACGCAAGGAACCGCUGGAUACACUAAGAACCUAUAGGAAUAGUGACUCCUCCCUGAGUUACCUGUAUAAAACUGCACCUCUCUUUGGGCAGUACUAUGGUGUGGAGCAGACAGGCAAAUUAAGAGUAGGGGAUCCAGUAUAUCAGGUGAUCAACAGGAAUUAGCACUGAAUCAUAUACUAUGACACCUGGACCAAUUUAUUUGAUAUUAAAGGACCACUAUAGUGCCAGGAAACAUACUCGUUUUCCUGGCACUAUAGUGCCCUGAGGGUGCCCCCACCCUCAGAGUCCCCCUCCCGCCAGGCUCUGGGGAGAGGAAGGGGUUAAAAUCUUACCUUUCUCGAGCGCCAGGCGGGGAGCUUUAAUCUCCUCCUUCCUAGCGAUGUCAUCGGCUGAAUGCGCAUGCACGGCAGGAGCCGCGCGCGCAUUCAGCCAGUUCAUAGGAAAGCAUUUACAAUGCUUUCCUAUGGAUGCUGGCGUCUUCUCACUGUGAUUUUCACAGUGAGAAGCACGCAAGCGCCUCUAGCGGCUGUCAAUGAGCCAGCCACUAGAGGCUCUAGAGGCUGGAUUAACCCUCAGUGUAAACAUAGCACCUACUCUGAAACUGCUAUGUUUAUAAAAAAAAAAGGGUUAACCCUAGAUGGACCACGCACCCAGACCACUUCAUUAAACUGAAGUGGUCUGGGUGCCUAUAGUGGUCCUUUAAAGUGAACCAGCUCAUUAAAAAUAAAUCACCUAUAAUAUAUGUCUUUUUCGUGAGAUGUUCCAUUUUAUUUUACAUUUAUAUGUAAGCCCAAGCCCAGAUGGGUUUUCAGGCAUUUACUAUAAAACAUUUUUGGAUAUCCUCAAACCCCACAUAUGCAAAUUAUUCACAGCAAUACUACAAGGCGAAUAUAUGCCUUAUUCCUAAACCCAGCAAAUCUUAUUUAGACCAGGCAUACUAUAGUCCAAUUUCACUACAAAAUGUAGACAGUAUGAUUUUUACUAAAAUGCUUACAAAUAGACUCCAACCAUAUCUGACAUUGCUAGUCCACCCAGAUCAGGUGGGCUUUAUUCCCAUAAGGAAGUCAAGUGAUAAUACACAACGAACCCUGGACCUGAUGUGGUGGCUGAUGAAAAAAAAAACAUUCCCACUCCUCCUAUCGCUGGAUGCUGGAUUCCUCUUCACAACCUUAAAACGAUUUAAUUUCCCCCAACCUUUUCUCAAUGCAUUAAGAGAAAUAUACUCGAACCCAACUGCCAGCCUUUUGAUAAUACACACAAAUUCCCCAAAUUUUACAAUAUUUAAUGGUACAGAAAAGGAUGCUCGUUACCCCCAUACUCUUUGCACUCUCCUUAGAACCACUCCUACAAAUGAUUUAUACUAUGCUGUUAAUUACGAGUAUCUCAGUCUGAUCCCAAGAAUACUAGGUUGCAACAUAUAUGGACCAUCUCCUAUUGACCAUUACCGAUCCAGUCCAAACAAUCUCACCAUUAUUGGUGCUAUUAGAAGACUACGUCAGGCUAUCUGGCUAUAAACUUUAUAUAGACAAGAUGGAAUGUUGAGUAUGUUAACUCUGUGCUGACUGCCAAGGUCGAGGUAUCCAGUUACAGAAUAAAGAGGUGUUGAUUUCUACAAUUGAUUUUAUUUUUUAUACCCCACAAAUACACAUUUGUUAGAAUAUAGGGGAUACGUAAACAUAUGAUCAACAUUCCUGAGAAGUGACAUUUCCUGUUUAAUAAAAAAUGUAAUUCUGUUUAAAAACAUAUCCAUCCGUAAAUGGAGUAAUGUGAUUUGGUGCACAAAUGUUUAUUUUACUAAAGAAUAUAGUCACUGUUAACUGUUUAGUUCUUAUUAACCAAUGUUUCUUUCUACAGUUGACAAUUUGUAAUUGUAAUAAAAGAGAUUUAUCAUGAUGAUUAAUCAAAGUUAUGUAUUACAAUUUUAUAUAACAAAUACUAUCAUACAUAAUUAUGAUAAUAUGGCUAUAAAUAAUAUAAUAAUAGGG